GGAGAUCACUCUGCUUCUCCGAUCAGAAAGGGAAUCCGCAAUAGCUCCGGCGGAAGAACCUCCGCCACCCGAGGUGGAAUUUGAAGAUUGCUGCACCACCCAGCAUGAGCGUGGCGGUGAAUCUCCGCCGAAGAAGGUCAAGACCAAGGCGGAGCUACGGCGAGAGGAGUGCUUCGAGGCCAUGGAGGAUUAUGUCCGAAGGUGUUACAUGCCCCGAGAACCCCCACCAAUUCCGGUGCAGGACAUUUACGGGUUCGAGAUUGAUCCUGAAUUCUGUCCCGAUGGUGUUCAGAUGGAUCCAACACAGUUUCUAAAAGAUCCUAAUGAUAAAUUUCAAGAGAUAGGCGACGUGAACACCUGCGAUGGCAACCCACCCGAUUGUGGCAAUUCACAGUCCCUAAGAGGGUCUGCCUCGGAGAAAGCUUCCAUUGUUGUUUGUGGGGAGAUGUAUCAGGACUGCCAGGGAUAUGAUGAGAAAGAUCCACCUUGCCAGUCAAAACCUUCUCAGAAUUCGGAAGACAGCAUUUGCCCAGGUGCGGGUGAUGAAGAUGAUCCACCAUGUCCUUGCAAUACUCCGGACUUUUGCACCAAACUUAGAGCCUUCUAUAAAAGCAAAAAGGCCUUGAUGACUGGGGAUGCCGAGAUGGACGAUAAGGCUGCUAGACAAGGGAGAUCUAGCGGAGGAUCUACUGCCAGCCGAGCCACUGCCGCCCGAAAUCCGAAGGCUGUGCGAAGACCUUCUGCGGCAGGCCCUCAAGGAGUGUAAUGUUUGUGAAGAUACGGGGGGCGGAAGUUGCGAUGGGGAUGAUGCGGGUAAAGGGAGUAAGCCGUGCGAUGAGGAAGGAUCGGAUGGACACGGCGACCAGGCCAAAGUGUGUCCCGAAGAGUUGCCAGAAGAAUGUCCCGAUGAAUGCCCCUCAGAAGGCGAGGAGGAGGGCGUGGUUCCUUUCAAAGGCGACGGCGACCCGGGUCCGGGAUGCCUAUGUUGCCACUGUCGCGCCCUCAUCUGCGACGACGAGUGCAAGACGGUCGCCAAGACCCUGCGCUCGGCGAUGUGCGAUCCUAUCUGUGAAAUGAAAUACUUUAUCGACUCGAUGAUCGUGGAUCUGCAUGCCAUGGAUUGUGUGCUGGGUGACAAAAAAGCAAAGCCUAAGGACGUGAAGGCAAACGAUGCUUCCAACACCGGUCCUGGUGAUAGUUUUCCAGUUUCAAUCACCGCCGUUUCGAGCUUAGGAUGCUCGGCUCUCUACGUCCGGUGGGAGGUGGCGGACUGUCGUGCUAUAGCAGGAUACGAGAUUUACGUGGACGGACAUUUAACCAAUAGAUUCUACAGCUUCAAGCAUCAGGCCGGAGUGAUUACCAAUAUAGAUGUGACGAAUCCUCAUAAUAUCGUGCUGCGUGCCCAGGCGGUGGGUCAGGACUUUCCGGGAGAAAAUGACGGAGUUCCCAGCCAGUGUGGCUGUCAGACGGUUGCCCCUGCACAUCCAGAGUUGGCGGCCGGCGCCGAGAGGCCCUGGACGCCCGCUGUCUACUACUACGAUCCCAACAGCGCCGAGCCGGGCGGCGUUCUACCGUGCUAGUCAAAAAAUCAUAAAUCGUAUAUCAUCAUUAUCAAAGUUAUCGGAACAAGGAGCUGAACAUUUCAGCUCCCACACGUUUUAGCUUGUACAUACAUUUAAAUAGGUUUAAAUGCAAACGUAGUGUUUGUAAGAGUUUACUUUGUUCAAGAGCGACGCGUCUCGGCACUCGAUGAUCCGAAUUGAAAUUAUUUGUAUGUAGUGCUUUCCAUAGUGCCUUAAAUUGUAACCCUAGUCUGUAAGCAGAGAGCAAUGCCCCACGAUGGAAUUGAAGAAAACUAAUCCGUUCAGAUGGACGCUCCAUGUUAAAACCAAAAUUUACUUUCAAUAAACAUGAAUCGUUGAUUCAAAAAAUAAAAUUA